AUGCAAUAUACCCCCAUGCAAUAUACCCUCCAGCUGAGUGCCUCUGAUCCUAGAUAUGAAGGUGGUUCCAGAAUAAUGACCACAUCCUCCCCCAACUUAUUGACUGUCCCCAGCCUAUCACCUCUUUCAAUUAUAUCCCAGCCUAUCUGCACCGGCCCGGUAGCGGAUAUCCUCAACUCGUCCCCUAUCUUCCUGACUAUCUCGACUAUCUCCCUCCUCGACGAUCUUCCUCUCGAAAAUCCUUCCGGCUAUCGGCCUCUCGAAAAUCCACCCGGCUAUCGGCCUCUCGACCGGUCUUCUCGACAAUGGAAUCCUCGAAAUUUAUUAUUCCUUGAACUGGCCGCGCCGUUUUCCACUUCAACUAUGCCGACGGCUAUGAGCCUAUGAUCUACCUCCUAGGAAAUCUGCUAUUGACCCGCGCUGGAAGUUUCAAUUUUCUUCUAAUUUGACGAUUGUCGACUAGUCACGAAUCGGAUCUUCGUCCUAAUGUCUUAGUCUCAGGUAUCCGGCUUGACGCGAGGAACCCGCCGUUGCUCGCUCCUUUGAUCCACUAAAUCCGCUACUGUUUGUCAGCCGCCCCGGUAGUGUGUAGUCUAAAAAAACCAUAGGCCCGCGUAUUUGCCACAACCCGCUCCUCGAUUGACCCGCUAGUAUCUGUUCCUCCUAAAGAGUGUGGUAAAGCUUGAUCCUCCUCCUUCCUUAUCCUAAGGAACCCUUGACGAUCCGAGUUUGGUCGGUUGCUUAACUUGGUUGGGACUGCACACAGCUUAUUAGCUUGAUCAAUUAUGAGAAUUCAAAUCGAUCAAAUUGUUCUUAUGCAAUUUUCUUUUUCUUUGCCAUGAGGGGGUCAAUGGGGUCCCCCUGAAAAAAAAAGACUCCCCCGCGACUUCGUCCCUCGACAUCCUUCAGUAUAUAAAGGCUUCCUCCAUUUGCUUCAUUCCUUCCUUCACAACAUCUCCAUCCCCCCUCUAUUCACUCGGUCGGUAAUCCUCUACCUUUCCCUAUCCUAUCCUUCAAUCCUUCAAUCGUUCCCUUCAAUCGAUCUCGUCUUCUCCUAUAUCUAUCUCUAUGAUUCUAUGAUCAUCCCUUCCUCUAUCGCUUGAUCGUUGUUCUCUCUCUAUCGCUCCUUUCCCCAUCGAUCGAUUGUUCCUCCUCUCCGUUAGACUUAAAAAGACCUUUAAUCGCUUUCUUUGUUGUUUAAUAAUGCUGAGAUCGAUUACCUUAACCAACACGCGCUAGUUCCGAUCUGAUUUUUCCUGUUUGCUUGACCAUGUAGUUUGAUUUUAAUCGGUAUAGCUAUUUGAAUACCGAUCC